CGAGUCGACGCGAUGGCAACUUGGAGGCGGACGCCGGCUGCUACUGCUAGUUCCGCUGUUUAGUAACAAUGCAUUCGACGUUUUGGAGCAAAAUAUCGCUACUAUUUAUUACGCUUGUGAAUUUAGGAACAUUAGUGUGCGCUGAUUUGCAGUAUGUGACGUGUGGUUCGGUACUUAAGCUUGAGAACCAGCAGUACCAAGUGCGCCUGCACUCCCACGACAUAAAGUAUGGCUCUGGCAGUGGUCAGCAGUCCGUCACGGGAACCACGGACAGAGAAGACAACAACAGCCAUUGGGUUGUCAAGGGCAAGCGGGAAAAACCCUGCCAGCGUGGGGAUCCCAUUCCGUGUGGGUCGCCUGUGAGGCUGGAGCACCUGGUCACUCACAAGAACCUGCACAGCCACCACUUUGUUUCACCACUGUCCAACAACCAGGAGAUCAGCGCAUUCGGAGACGGAGGCGAGGGAGACACAGGUAACGUCACACAGUGCUUUUGA